CUGUUAGUAGACUGUUAGCUGUGGGGUUUAGCUAGUAUGUGUAGCCUGACAGCUAGGGUGCUAGUUCUUUAGCAAUGGGGUUACCUUUGCUAGCAGGUCUAAGAGUUUCAGUUUAUUUUUAUUUUAUUGUGGGGCAGAUAAUUGUCCAGUGAUUUUUUUUUUAAGGAUUUCCAGGUGUACAGAUAUGGAGUGUGAAAUCCCGCUGUCUGAUCCUGAGUUAAGAACCCAGUCCGACUCUGGUGUGAGCGGUGUGUCGGAGUGUGUGUUGUUAUGUCACUGCUGUUACGACGUGUUGGUGAACCCGACCACGCUGACGUGUGGCCACAGCUUCUGUCGUCACUGCCUCGCCCAGUGGUGGGAGUCGUCACGCCGCACCGAGUGUCCCGAGUGCAGGGAGCCGUGGCAGGGGUUUCCCAAAGUCAACAUCCUGCUCAGGGAUGCUGUAGAGGAGCUUCACGGGGCCGACGUGAGGAGAAGGCUUAAGGAGAUCCAGGAUGACGCCCGGAUCUCUCUCUUGCUGUUGUCGUUCCAGCGUUUUGGAGAUAAACAGGCCAAUUACAGAUCUUCAGCAGGAAGAGCAGAGCGCUUCUAUUUUGGAGUGUUCCUCACACUCUGCUGUGUCAUGGUGAUGUUUCUGAUGUUGCUGCUGUAUCGCUGGUCCAGUGGAGGAAUUCGCCAUGAAGACUUGGUCAGUAAGCCAAUCAGCAGGUGGACGGUUGAUGAUGUCACACUGUGGAUGGAGCAGCUGGGGGCAUGGACCAGCCAGUACAGAGAAACAUUUUUAAGAGAGCAGGUCAACGGCAGGUUGUUGAACCUGCUGGGUGAUGAUGAAUUGUUUGGUGAUCCAUUUCACAUGGAGAACCCCUCACACAGACGGGCCAUCCUGCAGGAGAUCCACAGAGUCCAGACCCUCGGGGUUAAACCCCCACGUAACCUCUGGGAGUACAAGGUGGUGAAUGAAGGGAAGUCUCUGUUCCUGGUCUAUGGGCUGAAGGACUCUCCUCGCCUCACCCUCCUCCUCCUCUACCUGUUUGACUAUGAUGCCUCCUUCCUCCCGCUCAUACACACCUGCUGCACUUCCCCCAGUGAACAGAACGAGCUGACGGAGUGGGUGUGGCCUAGCCAGUGGCAGUGGGCGUGGUUUGUUGUGAAGUGGUUGAUUGUGCCGUAUCAGCUGAUAGCGGCGUUUGCUUGUGAUCAGCUGAGCGUGCACUACUGGACAUCUCGAAUAGUCAUUCUGAAUGCCGUACUGCUGUCCUUACGGGAGGGACACGCGGUGUGGCAUGGGUGGACACCAGGAGUGCUCAGGAUGCUCCCACAGCGUGCGGUUUCUCAUGCCUGGGAGAUGGGGAUCCACAGCAUGUUCUUCAUGUUCCUCUGGCCUCUGCUUCCUCAGUGUGUGUGGAACGGCCUGUUCUACUGGGGCCUGUACUGCAGCCCUGCCUAUAACACACACACCAUCCUAAAGCAGCUCCUGCGCCACACAUACGCUCACCGAGCGUGACACACACACACACCAUCCUACAGCAGCUCCUGCACCACACACACACUCACAGAGCAUGACACACACACACCAUCCUAAAGCAGCUCCUGCGCCACACAUACGCUCACCGAGCGUGACACACACACACACCAUCCUACAGCAGCUCCUGCACCACACACACACUCACAGAGCAUGACACACACACACCAUCCUACAGCAGCUCCUGCACCAUAUGCACACACACUCUCUCCCUCUCGCUUUCUCACACACACACACACACACACACUCAAGAGAUUGCAUCAAAGAUUGGCCUAUUUACUGAACAACCAAUGAGAUGUUAUCACAGUCUCCACUGACCAAUGACAACCCAGCUGUAGAUGACCUCCAUAGUGUGAGAUGGAGUCUAUGAGGACUUUGUUCUGUGUAAACAUCUGGAAAUCAAACAGGAACUUGAAGAUUCAGAAUUAAUAAAAAUUAUGUGAUUUGUGA